UAUUUUUUAUUUUUUGGUACUUUUGCAGGGCAAGGGUGCGCAGGCGCAGUGGAGGAGUUCUCCACUAGGAGUAGUCGUCGUGUAUUAAGUUGCUGCUCUGUGUCCCAGCAGAGGAAGCUAGAGGACUGAGCGUCUGGUCGCCAACUUGCUCCUCACGAGAUCUACUGGACCAGAAAAGUUUGUGAACAGAGCUUCCCGAGUUUUGGGACACCCAGGCUGGCAGCGUAGGGGGACAGAGGAGGCUGGAGGGAGCUUCCUCCAUGGAGCCCACUCAGGUUGCAGAGAAGGUCAUGCCAAACCAGCAGUCCCCUGCUCCUGACCUAGAAGACCCCAGAGAUGAAUCCCCAGAUAGCUCAGACACCGUGGUCCUCAGUCUGUUUCCCUGCACCCCAGACACUGUGAAUCCUGAAGCAGACGCCAGUGCAUCCUCACUACCGGGAAGUUUCUUGAAGCACUCCACAACCCUCACAAACCGGCAACGUGGGAAUGAGGUCUCAGCGCUGCCAGCCACACUGGACUCCCUAUCUAUCCACCAGCUUGCAGCCCAAGGGGAGCUGAGCCAGCUGAAGGACCAUCUGCGGAAGGGUGACAACCUAGUCAACAAACCGGAUGAGCGUGGCUUCACCCCCCUCAUCUGGGCCUCAGCCUUUGGAGAAAUUGAGACAGUUCGCUUCCUGCUAGACUGGGGUGCUGACCCCCACGUCCUGGCCAAGGAGCGGGAGAGCGCCCUGUCGCUUGCCAGUGUGGGUGGUUACACAGACAUCGUGAGGCUGCUGCUUGACCGUGACGUGGACAUCAACAUCUAUGACUGGAAUGGGGGGACACCACUGCUCUAUGCUGUCCGUGGGAACCAUGUGAAGUGUGUGGAGGCCUUACUGGCUCGGGGUGCUGAUCUUACCACAGAGGCCGACUCUGGCUACACCCCAAUGGACCUCGCAGUAGCCCUGGGAUAUCGCAAAGUGCAGCAGGCGAUGGAGAGCCACAUCCUCAGACUGUUCCAGAGUACCCUGGGGCCUGCGGACCCCGAGUGAAGACAGCCUGCUGGGAACCCAGGCUCUCAGGGACAAACCAGUCAGCCCACAACUGGCUUGAAAGGCAGCUCCUGGACAGUGGUGGGAAGGGCCCUCUGCAACGGGAACCAAUAAAUCUGUGCAGAACUUGAA